UUCGCCCCACACUCCAGUCCUCAACUGACCUCUCGACCAACCAGAUCACCAAUUACUACGCAAAAUGUGGGGCAAAUCCUUUCUCCUCCUCUUCAUUUCGGGCGGCGUCGUGGGCAUCCUGGGCCAGCAGUUCUUCACCCCCGGAAAUGACAUCCGCUGCGCCAGAAUGUGGGAUCAGCUAGGCUUCGAAGGAAACAAUGUCGACUGCGACCAAAACGAGAGGAAGACAAAUCUUGGUGGGAUGGAUUGCAAGGCAGAAUCCGUCAUAAUUCGGAACGGAUGCACGCUCACCGUUUACGACAAAACGGGAUGCAAAAGAACGAUCGAACGGAGUUCUUCGUGCUUGUGGGGGUGGAACCGAAGGAUCGCCGCGGCCUGCUGUGAAUGUGACGGCUGUCAAGGCGAAGUCGCCGUCCGUGACCUUUCCUGCGCCCGUCUCUACCAAAACCUAAAGUGCAGCUCGUGCUCCGGAUUCCGCCUGGAGAUCAAUCCCCUCGACGCAGUGCCGCACCUGCAAAUCUUCAACAACGAAAUCUCCUCCCUCGUCGUCAAACCUGGCUGCAGUCUCAGCGUCUGGGAGGGACAGAACUUUACCGGAAAUAUGGAAAUCUUUACGGGCGGCGUCGACUCACUGAUGACACAGGGCUGGAAUGACCGCGUCUCUUCGCUAAAGUGUAACUGUCAAUAAUGAUCAAGUAUGUAAAAUGACCUAUUUGUGCCAAAAUUAUGCAAAUUCACUACAAAUUACGUGGGCCCUCUAUUCUAUGAAAUUUACCGGGAGCGUCUCAAUUACCAAUUUCCCCAGGCAUUCCGUUCCAUUUUAUGAAAUUUUCCAUAAACGUCUUAAUUACCAACUCACCUUGAGAUCAUCAUCGCAACUCAAAUAUUUCUCUACUUGGUAACUUUAUUUAUAGCUUAAAAAUACCCAACUUUGUACUAAAUAUACAUACGCAUCAUCUCGUCAUCUUCAUCCCUCUUCUCGCACACAUACAAAGAAUUAUCCUUCGUCUCGUCCAAUACAUAUUUACAUACGUGUAAAAUAAAUAACAUUCAUAAGCUG